AUGGAGUUCAUCAACGGAUUGUCUAGUUUACGUGAAGAUAAAAGUGCCAAUUCAGAACCUGGAGUCAAAGGUUCUAAAAGGCAACUCUCAAGGAGGUUUCAAGUUGGGCUCAAGGUGGAGAUUGUGAGAAGUCGGACUUCAGUCACUCACGACUUGGACCAGCAAAUGGGCUUACUACUAGCCUUCAUGGUGGGCUCAAACUAUGGUAUGGCCCAUCACAUAAGGCUUCUAGGAUUCCUAGCUAUAAAUACAAGAGUGUGGCACAAGGAAAACCUAAUCCUGAAUCCAAAGGAUUCCGAGCGCCUCAACGGUGGCUCGUAG